AUGUUAGGUGCCCACGCCAAUGACUCCAACUACUUCGUGACGGCCGAAGCUCCCGACUAUAACAAUGAAGCGGUGGCUAACCUGCUGGCGAACGUGAACUCGGUGCGCAAGCCUGGCGAGGCCUACGCUGUCUUCGACUGGGACAACACGCGCAUGUUCGGAGACGGGAAUUUCGAGUCGAUCUUCGCUCUGGGCUACAACGCCAGCAGCAGCGAUACAUGCUUCCCCAACGGAACCAACUCGGUCAUCGGCCAAGACGUUAACGGCAGUGACGUGACCUUCAUCGCUGUUCUUACCGAUACUGCCAAGGACUACAAGGUGCUGUACGACGCCUACAUCGCCCCCACCUACAACCUGACCAACGGAUCCAGCGCCGUCACCUCGCUCGCUGAUAUCAAGACGACGACGGAGUUCCUCAACUUCCGCGCCAAGCUCGGGUUCCUGCUCUACAGCCUGGAGAUCAUGGACGGCGGCAAUGAAUACUCCACGUGCUCCCUGACCAAUGCCAUGAUCGUGUACCCUCGUUUGCUUGUGGGAAUGACGGAAGACGAGAUCAGAACGUUCAUCCGUGCCAGCAUUCGAUGGAACUUGGCCGAGUCGCUCGAGUCCUUCACAUACACAUCAACGGGAGAUCUAGCUGUCGAGGGUUCGUACUCCAAGGGUCUACGCGUCUUCAGCGGCCAAGAGGCGAUCAUGCGUGCCCUCCGUGAGGCGGGUAUUGCAGUCUACGUCAUUAGUGCAUCGCCCGAACUGUACGCGGCUGAAGCUGCCGACCUUCUCGGAUUGGGCUACCUUGUGAGUCGGGACAACGUCUACGGCAGUCGCUUCACGACCGACGCCGCCGGUCUGUUCACCGGCGAGCUCUUGGGCGGCUAUCCGAUCACGUGGGGCCCGGGCAAGGCCACCGUCGUCCAGAGUAUCCUGAUGCAGAUCCACAAGGGCGCGGCGCCGAUCUACUCGUCCGGCGACUCGGACGGAGACUGCGAGAUGCUCAGCACCGUGCGCGACGGCAUCGUCGACACCAACAACCGCCUCAUGGACAACUCGAUGUGCAUCUACAGCUUCUACGAGAAGGCCUGCCAGUACUUCGGCACGACAGAGCCCAUCACGAACAACACGUACCUGCUGCAGGGUCAGGACAAGUCCAUCGGCACGUGGAUCACCUCGGGCUUCACGACCAGGGACGGCGUAACCUACACGUCCGGCGUCCCCACGAACGACGGAUGCACUACCUACAAAUUUCUCUAG